GAGUUUCAGAAGGUAGCAGCUUAGCGAUGUCUUGCGGAUAAGGUACCCAGUAAUCAAAGCCUUCUACUUUUUGAUUUUCUGGUUCAAGUUUUGUUCUUUUUGGAUUUGGAUAUAUCUGGGUUUGAAGUUUUGAGCUUUUAAGUUUCCUAGGGUGUUGUCAACUUGUUAGUGAUUAGUUGCUACUACCCAAAUGUAUGCUACUAAUCUGACAAAGGGUCAGGCAUUUCCAUUGGCUAUUAGGGUUUGCUCGAAACCCAGAAGCUUUAAAGGGUUUGAUACCCAAAAGUCCCAGUCUUUACAGAUUGGUGCUCACCCAAAAACCUCACUAAACCUUAGCUUUAGUAAACCCCAAUCCCCCUUGGUUGAUUUUCAUAAUGGUUCUAGUUAUAGGGUUGUAGGAAAUGACGGUGUUGUGAAACCCAGAUGUUAUUCGAGCGGGUUCAGGGUUAAAAGUGGUACACAGAAUUGGGUUUUGGUGAGAGGGAGAGGUUUUUCGAAUUGGACUAAUGAGGGUAUUGGAGGGAGAAGCGGUGAGGGGAGAAAUGGAAGUAGGCUGCCGUGGUUGGCAGCUAAGGAAGCGAAACGGUUGGAGCAGCGAGCAACGGCUACGAAAACACCCCUUUCGUCUUGGGGGGAGUCUGCUAAGAGGUUGGAGAAAGACAGCAAUGCUGGUUCUUCUGGGGAAGAGGCCAGGAGUAGAGGUGGAGACCACCGUAGUAAGUCCUCUUGGGACAAAUCAGUGAAAAGAGUAGAGGAAGAAAGGAAGCCGAAAACUGAGCGGUCUUCUUGGGAGGUGUCUGCAGAAGGUCUUGUUGGGAAUGGUGGUCCAUCGGAAAGGAAGAGUGCAGAAAGAAGAAAUGGAAUGAAGGAUAGGCGAAGUGAGUACAGUGAGAGGGAUAGGCGAAGUGAGUACAGUGGGAGGGAUAGGCAAAGUGAGUACAGUGGGAGGGAUAGGCGAAGUGAGGUCAGUGCGAGGGAUAGGCGAAGUGAGUACAGUGCGAGGGAUAGGCAAAGUGAGUACAGUGUGAGGGAUAGAAGACAGGAAGAAGCCAAUUCAGAAGGGAGUGGAGAAGAACAAGAAAUGGAGGCUGGUGAUGAUCCAAGGUGGGAUCAGAUCAAGAAUAGGUUCAGGAGAAUGGAAGAUGUCAAUGCUGAGAAACCUGAGUAUAGAAGGUGGGAUAGGCAGGAAAGUUGGGGCAGAAAGACAUGGCAAGAGGCUAGUGAAUCGUCGGUACCUAGACUGGUUGGCCAAGGUGUUUAUGGUGUCGGUCCAGUUUUGGCUGCUUUGUCAGCUGGAAGAAGAGAAUUUUAUACAUUGUAUGUUCAAGAAGGCUUGGAUUUGAGCAAUAAUAAUAGGAAGAAGAAGGACAAGAAGGGAUUUGAGAGAGUCUUGAGGAUGGCUGAAAAUUUUGGGGUGACCAUAAAGGAAUUGCGCAAGCAUGAUCUUAAUAUGGCUGCUGAUAAUCGACCCCAUCAGGGUCUGCUUCUAGAUGCUUCCCCAUUGGAGAUGGUUAAAAUUAAGGAAUUGGACCCUAUUUCAGUCGAGGAAGAUAAGGGUUCUCUUUGGGUAGCUUUGGAUGAGGUUACAGAUCCUCAAAAUUUGGGGGCAAUCAUCAGGUCCUCUUACUACUUUGGAGCUGCAGGGGUGGUGUUAUGUGCAAAGAAUUCAGCCCCGCUGAGUGGUGUUGUGAGUAAAGCAAGUGCAGGCUCACUUGAGUUAAUGGAGUUGCGAUAUUGCAAGAACAUGAUGCAGUUUCUAACAUCCUCAGCUGAAAAUGGUUGGCGUGUUCUUGGCGGCUCUGUUUCUAGCAAAGCUAUUCCUUUGAAUGAGAUAGUACCUAGUGAACCAACCAUUCUUGUUUUGGGUAGUGAGGGCACUGGGUUGAGGCCUUUGGUGGAAAGAUCUUGCACUCAAUUGAUUAGAAUUCCUGGAAAUAUUCCUGUUGAUGUAACUGCUGGAGGGUUUGACGAUAGUGAAUCUGUUGAAGUGAAUCAUGGGUGCUCUGCUGAAGAGUUCCGGUCAUUUUUGGCUGUGGAGAGCUUAAAUGUCAGUGUUGCAGCUGGCGUGCUUCUUCAUCACUUAGUGGGAAACAAUGAGAAGAGUGAAGUUCAUGUGGUUGCUCAGCAGAAUAACGGACUGGAUCAAGAUUCUACACUCCAUUAAAUUUAUUACACUAGAUUAAGGUAUUGUCUUUA